AUGGACGAGCCGAGCGAGUACAAGGCCAUCGAAGUGCCCGUUGCUGGCGUGCGGGAUGAGCCAUUGAAGAUCCUGCGACGCAACGUGGAGGAGGACGACGCAGUGCACGUGAACCUGUUUGAUGAAGACUACACACUGGCAGCGGCAACGGGCUUCACCAUCUGGCCGGGCAGCCGCAUCUUGCUCCGAUUCCUGACACAGGACGCUGCCAGUGACGGCUACCACAGCAGCCACGACAACAGCGAUGGCGUGGUUGGUGAGCAGCAGCGCCAACAGCUGCGGAACGUUUUGGGCAGCCGCAACCUCCGCGGCAAGCGGGUGCUGGAGUUGGGCUCCGGGAUCGGCUUGCUGGGUCUUGCCCUCGCCGCUCACGGUGCCCACGUCCUCCUCACAGAUGUGCAGCCAAUUGUGGAGGACAUUGUGAAGCUGAACAUUGUGUCCAAUGCCGACGCUCCAAACGAGGAGCAGGCACCGGAAGAGGUGCUGUCUCCACAUGAUGCUUCGUCACCCCACAUGAGCGACGACGACAGGACUGCCAGUUGGCCGCAGAGCACGUGCAUCAGCAGCAAGACGCACGGCACGGCAUCCUGCAUGCCACUGGACUGGACCAAGUCCAUCGAGGACCAAGCUGCGCGAUGGGGCAUUGAGCCGUGGCGGGCGGACGUCAUCAUCGCCGCGGAGACCAUCUGGCUCAAGGAGCUCGUGGUGCCGUUUGUCGACACCAUCCACGGCCUGCUCGUGCUGGCGGCGGAGCAGGGUAGCCACCGCACCGACAGCAACGACUCGCAACAGCAGCAACAGCAGCAGCAGCAGCAGCAUCAGCAUCAGCAGCAGCAGCAGCAGCAACGAGAACAACCGAAGGAGAACCAAGACGAAGCGAGAAGAGGAGGAGAAGGAGGAGGAGAGCAGUUAGUUCAACAACAACACCAGCAGCAACAGCCAGGUCAACACGUGGAUAACGGUGGGCGCCCCGUGUGCUUGCUGGCGUACACGAAUCGUGGCAAGUGCAGCUCAUCGACGUUUGCAGUGACGGAUGAGGUGCUGGCGGCGUUUGAUGCGCGCGGAUGCAGCGUCGUGCCCGUGCACACGGAGAUGAUCGGGACAGAGAGACGCGACAACGACUACACAAAUGGUGGCGAUGAUGGCGAUGACGGCGAUGAUGGCGAUGAUGGCGAUGAUGGCGAUGAUGGCGAUGAUGGGGAGGAUCUCAAGACGUUCACCAUCUACGCCAUCACUCUGCGAUGA